UAUCCCUUUUCUACAAACACUCGAAUCACAUUCAGUUUCACUUCAUAUUAUUAUUAUAAUUAUAUCUAUACUUUUUAUUAUAUUUUGUAGAUAUAAACUUUCAUCAAUGGCUACACGAAAGCUUGUUCGAGAUAUUUUUCUUUCUAAUAGAUUACCUAUAUAUCGCCAUCUUUUAGGUUACAAACAGGGUUUAACAGCAGCUCCGAGAUUAAGGCUACUUGGUAAUGGGAAUUCAACGUAUCGUGAAUUCAGUGUUUUUAAUAAGAUUAAAGAAGAAUAUAAAAGAAAUCAGGAUUUUCAACAAACCGUGAAAGAAUUUAAGGAAAAGACCGAAGAGCUAAAAGGGGCGACAGAAGAUCUAAAAGUUAGAACGAAGCAGACAACUGAGCAGCUUUACAAGCAUGUGGAUGGUGCAUGGACUGAAGCUGAAGCUACAGCGAAGAAGGUAUCCGAGAAUCUUAAGGAAACGGUUUCUGCCGCUACAGAGGAGAUGAAAGAAACCUUAGGAAUGGGGAAGCAGGAAUCCUCGGAAUCGUCCAGCUUUUCAGCUGACAAUGCAUCUGCAGAAAAAGAUGGUAAGACUGAUAAGCAGUCGGCAGAUGGAGAAGAUACGAAACAACAGUCUGGAUCUGAUCAUGCAGCAGAAACAAUUUUUGGCAAGGUCCGGUCUGGUGUUUCUUCUUCCUUUCAAAAGGCUAAGGAUGCAAAGGUCAUUGACCUAGCCAAGAAGGGUUAUGACAUCGUGAAGGAGGAGCUGAGUACUAGCCCAAGUAAGAGGAAAAGGGCCAUGGCUGCUUAUGCUGCUGCCGCACAAGCUAAUGUUGAAAGAAGUACUAGAACAGAUGUCACCGUUGUACCUGUAAAACAGUCACGAUUUAGCAAGAAGUGGGAGGAGUUUAAGUUAAAAAUGCAAGGACAUCCAGUCUUCAAGCGAGUCAGUGGCUUUAGUGAACCUGUCGUGACAAAGAGCCAGGAGAUUGCAGAAGAUAUACGGGAAAAAUGGGAGACUAGUGAUCAUCCAGUAGUUCACAAAAUUCAGGAUAUCACUGAAAGUGUUUCUAGAGAGACAGAUGCAGCAACAUCAUUCAAGGAGAUUCGGCGGCGUGACCCGUACUUCUCUUUACCUGACUUUGUAUCUGAUAUCCAAGAAAUCGUGAAACCAGUUCUCGUAGCUUACAUUAAAGGAGAAAUUGAAGUACUGGAGAAAUAUUGUACCAAUGAAAUAGUUGAGCGGUGUAAAGCCGAGCAUAAGCAUUGUGAGGCGGCAGGAACUUUUUAUGAUAACAAGAUACUGCAUAUAUCUGAUGUUGAUAUAAGAGAGACAAAAAUGAUGGGUGACAGUCCAUUAAUUAUUGUUGGGUUCAAUACACAGCAGGUCUUUUGUGUGCGGGAUAAGCUUGGUGAAAUAACAGAUGGAGGCCAGGAUACCAUUCACCAUGUCUUCUAUUUGUGGGCGAUGCAACUUGUGGAGGCAGAAGAAGGUGCAGAAAUACCACACAUGCCUAUGUGGAAGCUUAGAGAUAUGCAACAAGUUGGCAUCCGGGCACUUAUUUGAUCAUAAUAUUGUUCCCAUGAGGUCGAUUAUAGUCGCAUUAAUCUUUUGGCUGCAGGGAAAUUUUUGUUUUUUAGCUUUAGUUUACUUUUGUUAUAAAUUCCUAUUUAUCUAAGGAAUGAGAUUGACAUGAGUUCCAUUUUC